GUCGUAGAAGUUAAGCUAGAAAAUCAAUUCACAGUCUACUUCUUUCCGGGUGUACAUAACCUAAAUUCACUCGCUCGAUAUUAAUCAGUUAUUAUACUUUCUCUCUGUAUAAUUUAUUUAUACUUUAUUUUCAAAAAUACAUGAAUGCGUUUUAAAUUCUUUACGAUGCUCGUGUUAUUUGUACUAUUCUUGAAUGCCUGAAUGAAUUAACAAUCAAUGAAUUGGAUUCACUUUGGGGACAUACAAAAUCUGCUUAACUAAGAAACCAGAUACAAGGGCUCUGUGGACAAUACUUUUUAUUAUAGUUCCUGUAAAUGAAACGUGCGUGUAUUAUGGAGGAUUCAAUUGACAAUGUUCCUAAUAAAGUAUCUUGUUUCAUGCAUGACAGACCUAUACAAGAGAUAACAUCAAUAAAUACAAUUUCAAUUAACAAGAAUAAUUCAAAUGAUUUGCUUCAGUUGGCAAUGGAAAUACAAAAAGCUGAUAAUUGUAUCAAAGCAAAUGCAUGUAAUAAGCUAAGUGUCAUAGCAGAGCAAAUGAGAUUCCUACACAAACAAGCUCAUGACAUCUUAUCCGAAGUGAAAGUCAAUACAAUAUUACAUCAUGCUGCUUGUAACUUCAUAAAACAUCCAGGUCAUAUCUACCACUUGUACCAGAAAAGAUCUGGGUCAUUAUACUUCUCCAUGCUAAGUCCAGAGGAAUGGGGCAACUUUGUUACGUCACAAGUUUAUAAGGGCUCUUUCAGAUUAGAACAUGACCAUUCCUGGACUCCGUUAAAUAAUAUUAAGAACAAGGACGAUGAACAGUCUAUGUUUGACAAACUUCUUAAAUCAAAUGACACGUCAGCAAUUAAUAUGAUAUGUAAAUAAAUCUGUACAUUGAUAA